ACAAGCCUAUUCCCAAUAGAGACAACUUGACUGGAAAAAAAGCAUUUGAUUUUCAUUCGCUUCGCUUUGUUUAUUUCUUUUUUAAAUAAAUAAAAAUUAUGAAUAACAUGGAGUUUAAUAAUACUUCUUUAACGACUCACAGUUUUUGGCAAUCAAUCAAUAUAUUAAUUACAAAGUUUAACGUCAUAAAUAAAAGAUUGUGGGGCAGUAAAAUUUUACAUCAUUAUUUUUGUGAACCUCCUAAUUCAGCAUGGAUUGCUCCACUUAAAUCUAUUAAUAAGCUGUCAGAAGGUUCUGAGAAAUUCUUAGGAAGAAUAAUUUGCACAGAUCUUGAACUCACACAUUCACUUACACAGAGUGACAAUAUUGAAAUAUUUCUUCUUGAACUACUUCCAAAAAAGUUUUCAGAGGUAAAAGCGUUUCAACUCGUUUGUUUGGACAAGAAGAACUUGACAGCUACGUUUUACAACAUCACUCCCGAUAAUAAAGAAAAAAAUUGUAACCUAUGCCCUAACUUUACAUAUUCAUUAUCUCUUGAAAAUGAUAAUCUUAUGUUGAAAACCAGUCCAGAAGAACAAUAUUCAGAUUCCAGUGCAAAAUCACUUAAAUGGCUGGUGGAUACUGUGAUUCCACAAUUCCUCAAAUGGGGGAGAAAUGGAGCUGAACAGAAACAAACUUUAUUCAAAGAAUCAUUACAAUUAAUAUCAGCUGAUAAUUAUUAUAUAAAAUAUAAUGAACUGAAGCAGAAGUAUGGCCAAGAAAUGGUUAAGAAUUGGUCAGAAGGGACUGACCCUUCUAAAUAUGUAUAUGAAGAUAUUGCAAUAGCAACAUACCUAUUAAUGCUUUGGGACAGUGACAAGGCAACCUGCCCCAAAAAAACAUUUGUUGAUCUAGGAUGCGGGAAUGGCUUAUUAGUUUACAUUUUGACCAAAGAAGGUCAUAAUGGAGUUGGCAUAGAUGUAAGAAAAAGAAAAAUUUGGGAUAUGUACCCUAGAGACAUAAACUUAGUGGAAAAAACUAUAAUUCCUUCAAAUAAUAAUACGUUUCCUGAUGCUGAUUGGUUGAUUGGAAAUCACUCUGAUGAAUUGACACCAUGGAUUCCUGUGAUUGCAGCAAAAAGUUCAUAUAAAUGCAAUUUCUUUCUUCUGCCUUGCUGUGCAUUUAACUUUGAUGGGACUAAGUAUCAAAGAAAAGAUUCAUCUAAGAGUCAGUAUAUGGAGUACAUAGACUAUGUCAAAACAAUUUGUGAAAACUGUGGAUUUAAAACAUGCAUAGACCGCCUUAAAAUACCUAGUACUAAAAGAAUAUGUCUAGUAGGGCAAAAAAAAUUGUAUCCUAAAGAAAAGUAUCCCGAAGUUUGCAUUAAUAUACAAAACUUGAUACAAAAGGAUUUUUCAUUAUCUCAUGAUAAUAACACAUCUUGGGUAUUGAAUUUCCAACCAAGAAAUCAUGUUGAAAGAGUACGAAAUUGUACACAAAUAGACCACACAGUAACAGAAAAGAUUGUAGAUUGUGUUGCCAAAUAUUUACUUGAAGGAUGUGAUUUGGAAACAAAAUGGACAAUUGGUAAAGAAGUAAAAAUUUAUGAACUUAUAACUUUAUUAACAGAGGACAACUUAAAAGCAAUGAAAGCAGAAUGUGGGGGUCUUCAAACUCUUUUAAAAAACAAUCAUCAUAUUUUUAAAGUAGACAAUGGAAAAGUUCAAAUGAGAUAUCCAAGAACCAUUAAAGAAGUAUAUGAAAAUAAUAAAAGUAAUCAGAGCAAAAUAAAAGUGCAAAUAAAACCAUGUUGGUUUUUCAGGAACCAUCCUAAAGGUUGCCCUUUAACUAAUACCACUUGUAGUUAUAUGCACACUUAAGUAAUUUGAUAAUCAAGAAAAAAACAAACAUUCAUAUAAUGAAAUGACCAAAUUAAUUUAUUAUUAAGUGUUUUGUCAAUAACAUUUGACAUUAAAUAUAGUUCUGUACAUUAUAUAAUAUAUUACAGAUAACAGCAAGAUAGUUUUCCCUUGAACUUCAACCCCAAAUAGAUUGUAAUAGAAACCUUUACAAACACCUAACCUAUUUAUUAUAAAGUGACUCCUGUGUAGAACACCAAUUAGAGCAAUAAGUAUAUGUAUCUACAGUUAUUAUUCCCCCAUAUUAAAAAUACAGUUUUAACAUGUAACAUUCAGCUUUACUAUUUAGUCUACUCCAAAAAAUUUAUUUAGUUCAGUUAUAUUUCUUUCAUCCACUAACUUUGCCACAUCAUGUUCUCCCAUAAAUGAACAAACCAUUCUUAAUGUAGUCCAAAUUGUAGAUGAACUUGUAUCAACCGAUUUAAUAUCUGCUUGUAAACUUUUCGAUUUAAGCUGUUGGUUUAAAGCUACUAAAAAAUGUUCAGCUGCUUCUCUAUGAGCUCCCAAGUUCAUACAAGUUAUUCCUACAUUAUAACGAGCUCUAAUAAAACCAGGUUCCAAAUGCAAUGCUCUGUGAUAAGCUUCAACAGCUUCUUCUGAUCUAUCACUGUUUGCUAAUGUAGCACCAAGUCUAUUCCACAAUCUUGGAUCAUCUUCUGCAAUACUUAGAGCAGUUUUAAAACAAUCAACAGCUUUAUCAUACUCUUGAUUAAUAUUAAACACAACUCCAAGUGCAUUUUGUACAUUAGGAUCAACUUGAUUAGGGUAAAUUUGAGCAGCUUUUAGAUACAAAGAUUUAACAUGAUUCUCUAAACUUUUCAAAUCUAACUUUUUAGGAUCUACAUCUUGUGGACAUAAAUCACUGUAUUUCGGGCUAGCCUUUAACCAAUCCAAUAAAGAUAUGUAUGCAUACUUGGACAUAUUUUCGUUAGUAUAUGCUGCAGCUAGAGUAAUGUAUGCUUCAAGUUGUCUCGGGUCUAUUUCUAGAGAUUUCUUCAAUGCUGUAAUCGCAGCAGGAUCCUGUUCAUUUUCAGCUUGAGUUGUCCCUAAAAGAAACCAUGCUUCAGCUGAAUCAGGUGAUUGCUGCACUGCUGCUUCAAAACACAAAACUGCUCCUGGGAUAUCUCCCAUUUUAAGCUUUUCUUUACCUAUUUCCAGAGCACUCUUAUUUUCAAGCAUAACAUUACCUUCAGUAAAACUAUAUUCUUUAGCUAUUCCAUUAGCCUCUUCAGAAGACCAGUAAUCUGAUACAUCACUUAGUUUGGCCCACUCAUCUUUAUAUUUUUCAGUCAUUUCAUCUAAAAUUUCAUCUUUGGAUUUUUGGUCCCCUGUACCUGUUUCAGUAAAAUUUAGUUCACCAGCACUAAUUUUUUUCAUAAAAGACAUAAAUUCAUUGUAAGCAAGUUCAUCAUCAUUUUUGACACUUUCCACAUAUUCUCGGGCUUUUGCAUGGACAUCAACAUUAGUUAUUUCACUUUCUUCAAUAUAUUCAAUUUGCACAUUUGACGGUCCUUGGCUACGUAAAACUGGAGUAUGUUGCAUAACAAAGGGUCUCAACAUAGUUUGUGGCAUGUGAGAAGUGGACGGUCCAGCACCCCAAGGUAUAUUUGUUUGCACAUUAAAACUUUGAAUUGGUACAUUUCUACUUCUCGAUUCUAAACUGUUAUUUAUACCAUCUACUUUUGGUAUAUUGUUUAACAGUUUAUUCAUGUUGAAUGUUUGGGGCUCUUGAGAGUUUUGCAUCAUGAACUCGUGGACAAAUCUGUCUGCUUGAGAAAAUGUUUUCCCAAUAGAGGCAUCGCGACCUACAAUAUUGGAAAUCUGGACAAGCGAAUUAUUACCACCACAAUCGCCACCGACUAACUUAUUUAAAGACAUUGUAUUUAGUGCUCCAAAACUAAAUAACGAUGAACACCUGCCUGCCGUCAGCAAUAGUUGUUAUUCCGUGAUUGAUUGAAGAGUCAACAAUAUAAAAUAUUAUAGAACUAGUAUCUCCUCAAAAUAUAACUACAGUUCAAUUUUCAAUUACACUCAGAUUCUCGGUCGGUAUUACGAUAUCAAUUCGCAGAGAUCUCGUAUGAUUUUGUCAAUUUGUCUUCACAUCACAACACAAAGUCCAUAGAAUUUUACACUUUAACUGAAACGUCAUGUUCAGGGUUGCUGUCC